AUAUCAAGAGGGGAAGGCGAGACUAGGUGCAAGCUCAAACCCUCCUCCUCACUUCCACGCCUCUCCUCUCUUUACACACUUAGCUACCUCCCGCUCCCUCGUCAUGUCUUCCGGUGGUGGCGGGGGAGGGGAUCAGGGCCGUCAUGGCCUCUACCACCAGCAUGGUCACGGCCAACUCACCCGCUACGACGGCGCUGGCGGCUACGAGCUCAGCAACGACGACAUGGAGAGCUUCUUCUUCAACCAGCCCGAGGGCGUCGGCGGUGGUGUGCGCGCCGACGAGAUCGCGCCGUACUCGAGCAUCACGAGCUACCUGCAGGGGUUCUUGGACCCCACCGGGCUAGCUCGGCAUCUCGACGUGCCGGCCAAGCACGAGCUGUCGGUCGACGUUAGGAGCCAUGACCAAGAGAGCCAGGGCACCGGCAGCGCUGCUGGAGAAAGCGCGGCGCUGCUAACACCCAACUCAUCGGUAUCUUUCUCGUCCGGAGGCGGGGACGGUGAGGGAAAAUCUCGCCGGAGCAACAAGGGCCGGGCGCAGGAGGCGGAUGACCAGGAGGAUGGGAAGGACCAUGAAGAUGGGGAAAGUUCCAAGACAGCGAAUAACAAACCCAAAAAGAAAGCCGAGAAGAGGCUGCGGCUGCCCCGCGUCUCCUUCCUCACCAAGAGCGAGGUCGAUCACCUGGAGGACGGCUACCGCUGGCGCAAAUACGGCCAGAAGGCCGUCAAGAACAGCCCUUAUCCAAGGAGCUACUACCGGUGCACGACGCCCAAGUGCGGCGUGAAGAAGCGGGUGGAGCGGUCGUACCAGGACCCGUCGACGGUGAUCACCACGUACGAAGGGCAGCACACCCACCACAGCCCCGCCAGCCUCCGGGGAAGCGCCGCGCACCUCUUCAUGCCCCCCGGAUUCCACGGGCUCCCGCCGCCACACCUCAUGCCGCCGGGGGUGUUCCACCCAGAGCUGAUGAGCAUGAUGCGCAUGCCCUACCCAAGCCCUAACAUGCACCUGCUGAGCGUGCCACCGCCUCCCCAUCAUCAUCCAACCUCUCAUCCAAUGGCGGGAACUCUCCAGCAGCACUAUUUCACUGACUACGCGCUAUUGCAAGACCUCUCCCCUUCCACAAUGCCCAACAACCCCUGACUAAUUAACUCCUUCAGAUACACUUAAUUAAUUAGUAGCUAGCUAGCCUAGUAGAUAUGCAUAUAUGAUGCUUUCCAAAUGCUGGAGUUGCGCCAGAUGUGAUCGCCAGGGUUACCCUUGAGCCUGGUCUAUGCAUGGGGCGGUCCUGUUAUCCUAAUUAUUAUUAAUUCGAUGCAAGCUUUCCAUCUUGAACUUGUGCCUACAUUGCUUUAAUCCUCUUCCAUUUGUCCUCCACGGGCAAAUUGGAUGAGUUGAUGAAGCUGGUCUAAUAACUAGAACAGUUGCAACUUAUUAAUUUAUAUAGCUCGUACUGUGGACUUCGUGUACAUGUACUCGAGUGCAUAUGUGUACCUCAUUGAUGAGAGGAAUAUUUCACUUCACUUU